AUGAAGCCUCACCAAACCCAGUCAAUAGGCAGACACACGCACGAGUUGUACACAAAGCCCCGGGGCGCGCAGAUACGCACGGGCGGGUUCACGCCGUCGUACCCAAAGUUCCGCGCGGAACCCCAGCCCCCGGGCCGCCCACCGCACCUACGCCCGCUGGCCCACAGCUCACACCCCUGCGCCCGCCCUGACCGCCAACGCCGGGGCCCAGGCCAGGCCGGGUCGGCCCUCACCGCCCGCGGAAGGCUCCGAACCCGCGGUCCCCGGGCUCGGGCCGUGGGGGAGGAGCUGGAGAAGACCCCGCCUCCGCCUUGGGGCGCCCCGUUUGCGCCGAGCCCGGGACAGCCUCCUCCAUCAGACUGGCAGCUGCUGGAGAACAGGGCCCAUGCCCCAUCCCACAGAGCCAAGCAUGCAGGUGUGGUGAACAGGUGGAAAAUCUCUAACAAGCUUAUGAAGCUAGAAAUAUCACAGGUCAUUGUCAAGGUCUCUCUCAAGGACACUGAAAUGAAAACAGCAGGACAGCCAGUCCUGAAUCUUGGGCCGACCCUGGAGUGGCUGAGGGGAGAGCUGUCUGAGAUGCAGAUCCAGGACCAGAGGCUCCUGCUCACACUGAGGCAUCUCCACAAUGUCCUGGAGGAGCUGCGCACACCAAGCACCCAGUGGGAGGAUGGCAGGUCCAGCGGGGGAACAUCUCCUAUCAGAGCACGAGCAGGCUCUGAAGGCAGGUGCUGCCAGCCAGUUGCCUCCAGGGGGCUGGCCCAGCUCCUUCAAGGGGAAGAGAACAGAAGAAACUCCCUUCCCUAACUGGCCAGAGAUGACGCUGACCCCACGCCCGCCA